UGCAACAGGCAACAGGCAGGGCGGAACUGCUCGAGUGCGUCGAAGCGAGACGGACGCUCGGAUCUGACUUGAGUUCGUUCCAUCCAAGUCGAAGUUAAACCACGCUGACGUGCUCGGCCUUUUUCUGACGUAACUCGAGCGCACCUCGGAUAUUAUCGUGGCUCGUUUAAAGGGCCGUUUUUGGGCACCGUUUGAACUUCACUGACGUUAUUGCCCUCAACUUGUUUUUUUUCUUCUUUUGACGACAAGGGAGGCGGCGGAGGCAGCACUCGGCAGCCAUCUUUGGACCUGCCUUGCCUGGGAGUGGGAUUCGACCAUUCUGGCAACCCAAGUCACUUCUAAGGUGGUGACCACAUAUGAGGCGACUGUCCUGCAAAUGAGCCGUCGGUGGGGGCUUUUUAGUCGCUGUCGCAGACCCGGAUAGUUCGGCGGCAGCGGCAUCAACCCUCCCCCCCCCACCCCCACCCCACCCCCCGACUACCACCUCCCCACUAUGCCCAACAGCAGUCGGACGGGGAGCCUAAAGGACCCCGAAAUUGCCGAGCUCUUCUUUAAGGAAGAUCCGGAGAAGCUCUUUUCGGACCUACGCGAAAUCGGACAUGGCAGCUUUGGCGCUGUAUAUUUUGCACAAGAUGUGCGAACAAAUGAGGUGGUGGCCAUCAAGAAGAUGUCCUACAGCGGAAAGCAGUCCAGCGAGAAAUGGCAAGACAUAAUCAAGGAGGUGAAAUUCCUGCAGAGGAUACAACACCCGAACAGCAUCGAGUACAAAGGAUGUUAUCUGCGAGAACACACGGCUUGGCUGGUGAUGGAGUAUUGUCUAGGCUCUGCUUCAGAUCUGUUAGAGGUGCACAAGAAGCCCCUGCAAGAGGUGGAAAUCGCCGCAAUUACACACGGUGCUCUUCAAGGUUUGGCCUAUCUUCACUCCCACAACAUGAUUCACCGAGAUAUCAAGGCAGGAAACAUCUUGCUGACAGAGCCAGGCCAGGUGAAACUCGCUGAUUUCGGCUCGGCCUCCAUCGCCUGUCCUGCCAACUCCUUUGUUGGGACGCCAUAUUGGAUGGCCCCAGAGGUGAUCUUGGCUAUGGAUGAGGGCCAAUACGACGGCAAGGUGGAUAUUUGGUCUUUGGGAAUAACCUGCAUUGAAUUAGCUGAGAGGAAGCCGCCACUGUUCAAUAUGAAUGCAAUGAGUGCCUUAUAUCACAUAGCGCAGAAUGAGAGCCCCAUCCUGCUGUCCAGCGAAUGGACGGAUUAUUUCAGAAACUUUGUAGAUUCUUGCCUGCAGAAAUGUCCCCAAGAUAGGCCCACCUCCGAGGAGCUCUUAAAGCACGCGUUCGUCCAGCGUGAACGCCCCGAAUCGGUUCUGCUGGACCUCAUCAAUCGGACGAAAGAUGCAGUGCGGGAACUGGACAAUUUGCAGUAUCGUAAAAUGAAGAAGCUCUUGUUUCACGAAGCCCACAACGGCCCCGCAACUGAAGCCGCGGACGAGGAGGAGGAGCCGGACCACAGCGUGGGCAGAACGGGCACGGUGAACAGUGUGGGCAGCAACCAGUCCAUUCCCAGUAUGUCCAUCAGCGCCAGCUCCCAGAGCAGCUCCGUCAACAGCCUGACAGAUGCCGGAGAUGACAAAAGCGAGGUGGACAUGGAGGGGGACCACACUGUCAUGUCCAACAGCUCCGUCAAACACGUCAAACCGGAGAAAGGAGCGCACAAGAAAGAUUCUGAACCUCACGGUCGCUCAUCUGAGCCUCAAUCCCAGCCCGCCAACGCCCCGCGGCCCAAACGCAACCGUGAACACUUUGCGACCAUUCGCACAGCCUCAGUGCUCACCCGGCAGAUCAAGGAGCACGAGCAGGACUCUGAAUUACGAGAGCAGAUCUUGGGGUACAAGCGCAUGCGGCGGCAGCACCAGAAACAGUUGAUGGCGCUGGAGAACAAGCUGAAGGCGGAGAUGGACGAGCACCGACUGCGCCUGGAUAAGGAGCUGGAGAACCAGAGGAACAGCUUCGCUCAGGAGAUGGAGAAGCUGAUCAAGAAGCACCAAGGCUCCAUGGAGAAGGAUACAAAAACGUUCAGCAACGACGAGAAGAAAUUCCACCAACACAUCCAGAGCCAGCAGAAGAAGGAACUGAACAGUUUCCUCGAAUCACAGAAGCGGGAGUACAAACUUCGCAAGGAACAACUGAAAGAGGAGCUGAACGAAAACCAGUCGACGCCCAAGAAGGAAAAGCAGGAGUGGUUAUCCAAGCAGAAAGAGAACUUCCAGCACUUCCAAGCCGAAGAGGAGGCGAACCUGCAGCGCCGACAAAGGCAGUAUUUGGAAUUGGAGUCCCGCAGGUUCAAGCGGAGGAUUUUGAUCGCUCGCCACAACAUCGAGCAGGAUUUAGUGCGCGAGGAGCUGAACAAACGACAGACCCAGAAGGACCUGGAGCACGCCAUGCUCCUACGGCACCACGAGUCCAUGCAAGAGCUGGAGUUCCGCCAGCUCAACACCAUCCAGAGGACGCGGGGCGAGCUCAUCCGACUGCAGCACCAAACGGAGCUCACCAACCAGCAGGAGUACAACAAGAGGCGGGAGAGGGAGCUGAGACGCAAGCACGUCAUGGAGGUCCGCCAGCAGCCCAAGAGCCUCAAGUCCAAAGAGCUACAGAUCAAGAAGCAAUUCCAGGACACCUGCAAGAUCCAGACCCGGCAGUACAAAGCCCUGAGGAAUCACCUGCUGGAGACCACACCAAAGUCCGAGCACAAGGCCGUGCUCAAGCGUCUGAAGCAGGAGCAGCACCGCAAACUCGCCAUCUUGGCCGAGCAGUACGACCACUCCAUCAACGAGAUGUUGUCCACUCAGGCGCUUCGGCUGGAUGAGACUCAAGAGUCCCAGGGCCAGGGCCUUCGCAUGCAGCUUCAGCAGGAGCUGGAGCUUCUCAACGCCUAUCAGAGCAAGAUCAAGAUGCAGACGGAUGCGCAGCACGAGCGCGAGCGAAAAGAUCUGGAACAGAGGGUGUCGCUACGCAGAGCGCUGCUGGAACAAAAGAUCGAGGAGGAGAUGAUGUCCUUGCAGAACAAUCGCUUAGAGCGAAUCCGCAGCCUGCUGGAGCGUCAAGCGCGAGAAGUGGAGGCCUUCGACUCUGAGAGCAUGCGCCUGGGCUUCAGCAACAUGGUGCUAUCCAAUUCCCCGGAGUCCCUCGGCCACAGCUUUCCCGGAUCGCCGUCAAGUUGGAGUGUCCAUCUUCAGCAGCAGCAGCAGCAGCCGCCGCCGCCGUCGUCAGGAAGCUUUCACGGGUCACACUGGAGCGGCGGCAGCUCGGGCGCGGGGGGGUCGAGCCGCCAAGGCAGCCACCGCCAUUAUCACUCCAGUCCCGGUGGGCCACCUACGCCGCAGAGCUGGGGUCAAGGCGUGCAAGUAGGAGGGGCUCCGCAGCCAUGGGGUCACCCGUCAGCCGCGUCGCUCGUGUCCCGCACUGGCGCCGUGGUGCAAAACAGCCCCCAAGGAAUGGGGAGGACACCGCCCGGGGGCCACGGCGAGCAGGGCAUGAGCAGGAGUACCAGCGUCACCUCGCAAAUAUCCAACGGGUCCCACCUGUCCUACACAUAAGUCCUCGGGUUGCUCAGCUGGCGCACGUGUCAAGUGCAACUGAACGCAGCAGCCAAGAAAUCUCCCCCGCUCCCUCCCUCCCUUCAUUUUUUUCUACUGUGCGCACCCACACGUGGAUGUGUGGUUGAAUCAAUGUUGCUCAGGUCAAAUGGUCUGCAAAUAGCCGCAGCCCCCCCCCCCUCACAUCCUUUAGGUUUAUGACGUCAGCACACUUUUACCGAUACCCGCUAACCUUCUUUUUUUUUUUUUUUUAAUUACAUUGUCCUUCACGGCUCCCAUUUUGCACAUGAAAACACUGUUGAAAGAUCACCAUAUAUUCGAAUAUUACCCCCCCCCCCCCCCCCAAUGGCCCGUACUGAUUGCGCUUCGAGACAGUGUUGUAAUGCCAGCCUGCUGCGAUGGCCAUCGGGAUUCAUUUUAGACCGCCGCCAGCCAAAAGUCACAACCAAAAAAAAAGCAUUUUUUUCCCCUCCGGGUUCAAGGCCGCAAGCUUGAUGACGGUGCCUUUUUCAGUUUGUUCGAAUCCAAACAUAUUAGGUCUUAUAUGUUCAGAGUCUGCUAAAUCCCCAAUGGGUCACUUUCAUGCUUAACCGUGUACCCCCCCCCCCCCCCCAUUUCAAGGAAGUUCUCGUGUUUAUAAGUUCUUUUGGGUGAUGUUGAAAUAGACUCCGCCAUAUGUGUAAAAUGUAAGAGCCCCGGUGGAAACCGUUCGCAGAGUGUGGGUGCGCGUUUGAGCAUUCUUAGGAUCCUUCUUAUUUCCAGCAAGUUCCAAUUAUAUUCAGAAGUUCACGCCGUAGUGAUGUGCCGAGUAGUCUUAAAAAGAAACUGUGAGAAGUGGAGAGGAAUGUGUAAAUAGUGCUUUUUUUGUCUUUUUUUUUUUUUUUUUAAUCGUAGUUCUUUUAGAGCAGUGGUACUCUUUUGAGGUGACAUAUCAGUGUCUACAGUGACACACUUACCUUCAAAAACAAUCAAAAUCAGAUCGUGAUUUUUUUAUCAGUGCCUUUUUUUUAGAGGAAAAAAAACUGCUGCCUUUUCAAAGCACUUUAUGCUAAAUGCAAGAUUGUUUUUUUUUUUUUUUUUUUUAAAGUAAAUAUUUGCUUUAUUUUGGUGAAAGCACCUGGUCGAUGAGCGUUGUCGGAGGGAUGCGGCGCAGCCCACGGCAAGCCUGGCGCAUGUCGGUUGAAAGCCGCCGCGUUGGCUCAACGUGUGGAGCCAAAUUUGGAGUUGUGGCUUUGUUGGUUGAGCAACUUGGUGGAAUUGUUUAAAAGCCAUGACCAUGACAGCAGGCUGGGUGCCACGGCGCAGCCGGGGUGAAGCGACAACGCAAAAGGUGCGACAACACGUCGCCGCUGACUGAAUCCAGCACACGCGUGUGCGUUUGUGAGGGAACACGCAAGUAUGAACAAAUGUGGCGUCGAAGCACUUAGCUGUUUAUUUUACACGUUGCAGGAGCAGCCUGCAUUGCGUGACAAAACUGUUAGAGGGGCUGUUAAUUUUUUUUUUUUUUUUGUGGGCCACAUUGUAAUCACUAAGUGGAAAAUACAAAUUUUUGUUUUACCCACUUAGCAAGAAUGGUGAGUUCUAAUUUACAAUGUCGGUGUGCUUCAACUGUGAUGGACGCAUCUUGGAAGCAAAUUGUUCAUUUUAAAUAAUUUGCUAUUUUUUCCUGAAAUAAAUAUUUUUCAUGUUAAUAAAUGCAUAAUGAGAACAGGAUAAAUGUGUAAAAAUUCUAAACAAAGUUGACACCAAGAAAAGUGCUAAAACAGGGUGUUGCUCGGUGACGGGACCAAAGCCAAAAGAUCUGAAACAGGAAGUGUGUGGUCAAGAACUUCAUCAAACGUUUGACAUCGAAUUUAAAAAUACUUAUUCCAUGCAAUCGACUACGCAAUGUGAUUUUCCUAUUUUGAAGAUUUGACCUUUGAUAGAAAUUAACCCCCAAAAUUACAAAUCUCUACAUUUUAAUUUGUGUGCCACAAUUAUUAUUCCCCCCCCCCCCCCCCCCCCCCCCCCCCAAGUGUUCAACUGUUGUCCAAUUUGUGUUAAGUGUUUUGGUGGGGUAAAAAAAAAAAAAAUUUAAAUCUUUGUGCCAAAAUCACAUUAAACCCAAUUAGAUCCAAUUUGCUUUAGUGGGCCGGGCCACCAUAAAAAAAUGCGUGGCCUUGAGUUUGACACCAUGUGCACUUGACUUGGACAUCAUGUUAAGCAAAUGAAUGCACCUUGUUGCCAAUCCAAGCACCUGUAACUACCGCCAUGUUUUAGACUACCAUGACAACUUUAUGUCAUACAAAGUUUGGAGAAAAGCGAAUUACUCUUAACCAUCCAUUUUCUACAGCAGAACCUCACCGACCCCAUGCCAACUUUCAUUUUUGUUGUCAAUGUUUGUGAUUGGAUGGUUAUCAAUGUCCCAUCGCUUCACCAACCUGGAUGUGUUUUUAAUUUUGUCUUUUUCCUUUUGGGGGGGGGGGGGGUCUUACUGACUGACUUGACUGACUGACUGAACGAACGCAAAUUGAGGAUUCUGAAUAAGGCAACAGACAGAGAGGGCUGAAGUCUUCUGUGGUCCAAACACUGUGCCAUAGUUGCUUGGCCCAUAUGCCGCCAUGUGGUGACCCCUGCUCCCCCCCUUUCCCCCUCCAGUGAGCUGUCACAUCUGAUCCAGAGGCCAACACACACGCGCACGCUUUGGUGACAAAUACAGUGAGAAGAUAGAGAUUGCAUUUCUUUUGAAGAUGUCAGUAUUUUUAUUUUUGUUGGCGCAUUACCACUACAACUUGUAACCUGUAUUAAAUUGUAUAGAUGGUCAUGAGAGUUUAUGAAGAUGCUACACAUAACGAGAUGCUCAAAUACUUAAAAAGUCGAUUCGAAUUGUAUUAAAAAAGAAAGGAUUCAUUAAAAA